AUGCUUCACAAUCCAUCAUUUGCAUUAUUUGAAUAUCAUCUAACAAUGGCUAAUUUGCUUACACUAUUUUUUGUCAUAGUGAAUGGUUUCAUAUUAGGAGUAUAUGGACUGAGCAUGAACUACUACUUACUUAGCUGCCCUUUUGUUGAUUCUGUUGUUAAAAACAAUGUCAACACAGCUCUGCAGGAUGAUCCCACCCUAGCAGCAGGUUUAGUUAGAAUGCACUUCCAUGAUUGUUUCUUAGAGGGAUGUGAUGGGUCAGUUCUAAUAGACUCCACUAAGGAGAACACAGCAGAAAAAGAUUCACCUGCAAAUUUGAGCUUGAGAGGAUACAAAGUGAUAGAUGAUAUCAAACAAGAGCUAGAAAAGCAAUGUCCUGGAGUUGUUUCAUGUGCUGAUAUUCUUGCCAUGGCUGCUAGAGAUGCAGUUUUCUUUGCUGGUGGUCCUGUGUAUAACAUACCAAAAGGAAGGAAAGAUGGAACAAGGUCUAAAAUUGAGGAUACUUUCAAUCUGCCACCUCCAUUUUUCAAUGCAUCUCAGCUCAUUAGGAUGUUUGGCCAACAUGGUUUUUCUCCAAAAGACAUGGUGGCUCUUUCCGGAGCUCACACACUAGGAGCAGCAAGGUGUAUUUCUUUCAAGGAAAGACUAACCCAAUUGGAUCAAACAUUGGAUUCAGAAUUUGCAAAAACACUCUCCAAAACAUGCAACAUUGGUGACAAUGCUAAGCAACCUUUUGAUGCAACAUGUAACGAUUUUGAUAAUUCAUACUUCAAUUCUUUGGUCUCAAACAAUGGUGUUCUUACUUCGGACCAAACAUUGUACAAUAGCCCACAAACUAGGAACAUUGUGAACAUGUAUGCCAUGAAUGAGGCAUUGUUCUUCUUGGAUUUUCAACAGGCUAUGGUGAAGAUGAGCUUGCUUGAUGUUAAAGAAGGUUCUAAAGGGGAAGUAAGAAAAAAUUGCCAUAAAAUAAAUUGA